UUCAGAUUUCUAACGGAUCAGGAAGGAGGGAAAUAUUCUGGAAGUCCUGGAGUCUCUCUGUCUGUCACAGGUCUUCAGGUGAAGGUGACUGGUGGACAUCAGGAUAUGACAUUGACCUGUAUCACCACCUGUACUCUGACUGACAACCCCACCUACAUCUGGUACAAGAACGGACAAUAUCUAGAUGAGAGCACCUCCCCCCAGUACAAAGACUCAGUCUCCAGUAACUAUGAAGACAGUUACUCCUGUGCUGUAAAAGGCCAUGAGGAUCUCCACUCUCCUGCAGUGUGUGUUCAGGGUCAGAGCUGCAACAGAGUGACUUACACCAAGAGGAGAAUCUGUGUCUUGAAGGGGUCAACAGUGGACAUAUCCUGUACUUAUGUUGGUUAUUAUUACACCAAAUCAUCAUUCUGGUUUAGAAGUGAUAAGUCGACCCCUGAAGACCUAACCAGAGACCCAGGGUAUGCAGGUCGUGUGGAGUACACUGGAACAUACAGAGGUCCCUUCACCCUGAGAAUCACAGAUCUGAGAGAGGAGGACUCAGCUGAGUAUCGCUUCACUUUUAAAACAGACAACAUUGAAUGGGGUCAUAGUUUCCCAGGAACAACUCUGACUGUCACAGACCUGCAGGUGAAGGGGACUCCUGCUGCAGAGGGACAGAAGACACUGACCUGUAUCACCACCUGUACUCUGACUGACAACCCCACCUACAUCUGGUACAAGAACGGACAACAUCUAGAUGAGAGCACCUCCCCCCAGUACAGAGACCCAGUCUCCAGUAACUAUGAAGACAGUUACUCCUGUGCUGUAAAAGGUCAUGAGGAUCUCCACUCUCCUGCAGUGUAUGAUCCGCAGGUGAAGAAGCCGGUGGAAAUCCUGGGCUGA